AUGAAGGCCAUGGUCGAGAAGAUCGCUGCCGAGGAAAAGCUCAAGGCGGUCAUAAAGGAGCACGACAAGCACUCCCACAAGACCACGGUGAACACCAUCACGAAGCCGUCCCUGACGAAGGGCUACGCGGAGGAGUCGUCCAACACAGGAGAAGGCCGAGCUCAUGUCCACGAUCCUGCCCCGGAAGAGCGCAACAUCAGCUCAUAUGGAGAAUGUCGAGGAGGCGGCCUGAAAGAUGGACCUCACCGUCAUCCACUUCCGCUACGGGUUGGCCACAAGCUGAUGCAGCUGUCCGUUCUCAUGACUGCGGCGACUUCGAGUCUUAUCAUGAACAUGCACAAGGAGAACCACCUCAAGGGCGACUUUCUAUGGGAAUUUGCGUGUGCGCCGGAGAGCUGGCUGUCACAGGCCAUCCUGGAUCGGCACUUGAUCGCCCGGCGUAUCAACCUGAGCGAGGGCUAUGACCUCUUCAAGCCAGAUACCUGGAGACGCCUUCGGGUACUUCGAGAUGUUCAUAAGCCCAAGAAGCUCUGGUUCUCGCUUCCUUGCACCCACUUUUGCAACUGGGUAUCUGUCAACUACAACACUCCCGAGCGCAAGGAGCGUCUUGAGGAUCUGCGUCGAAAAGACCGGCGUAUGAUCCAAGGACUUCAUCCUGGAGACCGUUGA